AAUCUCGUAAAAUCUUGUAAGGUGUUUUUUUUUUGUUUGUUUUUUUUUUUUUUUUCUCUUUAAAGGAUGUUGUUAAGGCCGCUCGGGGCAGGUUCACUCCCGCGCCGCGCGGCCCCGCCCCGGAAGUGUCGCGGUGCCCGCGGUGGGUCCGGCCCGGUCCCGGUCCCGGUGCCGCCGCCAUGGGGGGCAAGAACAAGCAGCGAACCAAGGGCAACCUGCGGCCUUCUAGCAGUGGCAGAGCUGCAGAGCUCCUUGCCAAAGAACGUGGAACAGUGCCUGGAUUUAUCGGCUUUGGAACAUCUCAGAGCGAUCUAGGAUAUGUUCCUGCAAUUCAAGGAGCAGAGGAAAUAGACAGCCUUGUGGAUGCUGAUUUCCGAAUGGUGUUGCGAAAACUUUCUAAAAGGGAUGUCACAACCAAGUUAAAAGCUAUGCAAGAGUUUGGGAUGAUGUGCAAGGAAAGAGAAGCAGAAGUUGUUAAAGGUGUUCUUCCUUACUGGCCAAGAAUUUAUUGUAAAAUUUCACUAGAUCAUGAUCGCCGUGUUCGAGAAGCAACUCAGCAAUCUUUCGAGCAACUGAUUCUUAAAGUAAAAAAACACUUGGCUCCUUACUUAAAAAGUAUCAUGGGUUACUGGCUGAUUGCUCAGUGUGACACUUACUCCCCUGCUGCUUCUGCUGCAAAAGUAGCUUUUGAAAAAGCUUUUCCUUUGAGCAAACAACCUGAAGCCUUAGUAUUCUGUAAGGAUGAAAUUCUUAAUGUACUUCAAGAUCACCUUCUGAAGGAAACAGCUGAUACACUCAGUGACCCUCAAACUGUACCAGAAGAAGAAAGGGAAGCCAAAUUUUCCCGGAUUCUGACUUGCUCCUUGUUAGCUUUAAAAAAGUUGCUCAGCAUGUUACCAAAGAAAGAGAUGCAUUCACUGGAGGAAAAAUUGAUGUCACUUCUGUCCCAAAACAAAUUUUGGAAAUAUAGCAAAAACAACAUGUCACAGGUUCGCUCAGCAUUCUUUGAGCUGAUUUCUGCUUUUUGCCAGCACUUGCCUGAGGCAGUGAAAGCUGAAGCACCAAGAGUUUGUCCUGCUGUUCUUCUCAGCAUUGAUGACAGUGAUGCAGUGGUGUGUCCUACUCUUUGGGAAGCUGUGCUUUAUACUAUCACCACUGUUGAGGAUUGUUGGAGUCAUGUAAAUGCCAGAAAAGGAGUUCUGCCAAAGCUCUGGACAGUGCUUCGAGAAGGUGGCCGAGGAUUAGCUACUGUUAUCUACCCAAACCUCCUGCCCUUCAUUAGCAAGGUGCCUCCUGAUGUUGUGGAACCGAAGCUGGAAUACUUCAGAGUUUUUUUCAGCUCUAUGAUUCAAGGGUUGUCAAGUGAGAGGACAAUAGCCAGCCCUUCAGAAAGUUCAGCAAUUAUAACUGCAUUUAUGGAGUGUCUGUGCUUUGCUGUACUACAGAAAAGAGAAGAAGAAGACCAAAGCCAAAUUCAUCAAAUGCUUAUAUGUGAUCAGCUAAUUCCUUUCACCAAUGCUGUACUUAAGGAGCCCAAGUUACAAAGUGGACCAUUAUUUUAUCAAACAGCAGAAAUGCUGAGUUCCUGGGAAGCUAAAGCAGAACUCUCCAGUGAUGAUGGUACAGAUGAAGUUUUCCAGAAACUGUUGUCAGAUUUUUGGGACCAUCUUUUAAAAAUGUGUAUGCUUCAUGUUGAUAGGUUGGAUGCUGAUGAGAAAUUACUGUUUGCCAUAUCUAGUAUGCUAGAAAUUCUUCAGAAUCCAAAGAGUGCUACAAAACCAAACAACAGAAAAUCUCUAAAAAUCAGAUUUACAGAUGAGGAUGAAUCUGAAAGGAGCACAGAGAGUCGAAAGCUCAUGGAAGUGAGAAAUGGUGACUCUGAAAUUCAGGCUCUCUUGGAGCAAACUUCAUGUCUAAGGAAAGAACCUCUAGAGAACUUAGUCUGCAACCUGGCUGAGCUGAGCAUUGUGUAUGUCAACGAACAGAAGUCAGAACAGCAUUUGAAAUUUCUCUCUGCCCUGCUCAACUCUUUUUCCUCAAACAGAGUUUUCCAAGUACUUUUAGAGCAGGGAAAUGAUGUAAGCCCUGCUCAAGCUGAAUCUCAGAAUGAAGUGGAAGUCCACCGAAGUCCAUCUGCACAAUUUCUGUAUAUGAAUUUAAUAACUUGGCUGAAAGAAGACUGGAGGAAAGAUACCCAUUUUCUGGUUGAUAUUUUAUACAGUGUACUUCAUUGUUGCAACAAUAAUGAUGAAAGGAAAGCUAUUCUUGAUGAUUUAGUAAAGAUGGAUCUGAAAUGGGUUAUAUUUCUCCAGAUAAUUCAAAAGGCAUGCUCAAGUGCAACGAAACUUUCCUUAGUCUCUGACUGGCUGAAAGGAGACACACUUGGAGAAAGACUGGUAAUGCUGGCAGAUGAUCUGUGUCACCUGGGUUUAAAACCUAGAGCAGCCUCAUCAGGAUCAGCUUCUUCAGAAAGGUGGACCCUCCUGAGCUUGGUGUUGUCACAGCACGUUAAAAGUGAAUCAUUGAUUGGUGAAACUUUUGUUGAAAGGAUCAUUGAUAAACUUCAAGCAGCUCUGUCUAAAGCGAAGGAUCUUUCUGAAGCUGGAAAUACUGAACCAUCAGUAUCUUUCAUCUGUGAUGUGGCCUCGAGCUUUUUCAGCUCAGUGAAAGGGUGCUUGCUGAUGCCAUCCUCAGAAGACUUGCUCCUUACCAUCUUCCAGCUGUGUGCUCAGAGGCAGGAUGCAACACACUUGACAGAUGUGCUUGUAUGCAAAUUAAAACACACUUGGAUGUCUGGUGUGAAUUCACUUGUGCAUCAGCUUCAGAGCACUCAGAAACAGAGCACCUUUCUGCUUAAAGCUGCACUGUGGGUCAAGAACCAAGUUCAGUCUUCCACUUUGGACGUUAAAAGUCUUCAGGUUUUGAUCUCUGCAGUCAGUGAUUUGUUGUUGAAGCUCAUGGAAACUGAUGGACAGUCUGAAUAUCUUGUGAGAGCUUAUGUUGAGCACGUCACGCCAAACAAAACUGAGUGGGGGAAAUUGCACGAGUCUCUGUGCUCUGAGUGGAUGCACAAGCCCCUUUUGGAAGGAAGGCUUAGUAUGAAUUGUGAACCUCUGGGAUCAAGUGUCAAGCUGUGUGGCACAACUAAACUUCCAGGCCAUCUGUGUACUUCAGCCUUAUUAAGUAAAAUGAUGCUACUUCAACUGAAAAAUAGUGUAGUCCAUGGAAAUGAUGAUGCUGAAAGAAAGAAAGUUGAUAAUAUAAUUGCAGAACUGUUAUACUCGUUACAAUGGAUUGAAGAAUUGGAGAAUCCUCCUUACCUGCUUCUGGAAUAUCUUCAUAUGUUAGAAGAGAUGCACAUCACCUAUGAGGAGUUCAGUACUCUGACUAGUACAGCUAGCCUGCAGCAAACGAUAUUUGACAGAUCAGAGGAACAUGGAAGACUGUGGUCAUUAACCAUGGCCAAAGUGAUCCGUGCUGAGAACGCUGUAUCCUGGGAGAGGAGAGAACUUUUCAAGACAACAGAAGGGUUCCUUCCACUAACAGAGGGCAGAUUGCAUACACUUCAGUGUUUAUCACCUUUCUUAGCUGAGGAGGAAAAGAGGGAACUUGUCUUCCAUUGUGUGGCCAAACUUAUGACAUGCACACAGACAGAGCUUUCCAACACUGAUGGAGCAUUUGGGUGUCUUUCCAUUUUGAACUCCUCCUUGAAGGAUAGAAGUAUUGAUUGUGAUCAUCUACUACCUGCAAUACUGAAAAUCAUAUUAUCUUGGAAAAAUGAUAAUGAGGAUAGCUUUCUCUUUAGCUGCAAUCUGAAAGAGGCAAGUGCUCAAUUGCUUGGUUUCAACAUUGAGAUGAUGCGUUACCUUCCUUUGUUGCUGAAAUAUUCCACAGCUCCUUUGGCUGAUAAUGAGUGGGAUUUCUUGAUGUGCUCCAUGCUGGCUUGGUUAGAGACAACAAGUGAAAGCCGUUUGCUUUACCAUGUCCCGCUUGUGCAGAUUUUUGCUUGUGUCAGUUGUGACUUGGCAUCUGCCCUUAGCGCUUACUUUGAGGCUGCAGCUCCUGACACUACUGCAAAUCUUCCUAAGAACUUGGUCAGUGAAUGGAAAGAAUUCUUUUCUGAGGGAAUUCACAAUUUGCUGUUACCUUUGUUGGUGAAAAUCACAGGAGAAACCAAAAAUGCAUCAGAAGGCUCUUUUCAGAACUCUGUGUUAUCAUCCUUGGGUGAAGCUCUAACUUACAUCUCAAAGGAGCAGUUGUUAAACCAUAAGCUGCCACCGAAGUUUGUUGCAGGCCAGAAGACAAAUCUUCCAGAUAAACUCCAAACUCUACUGAAUACACUCUCCCCAUUGUUGCUUUUCCGGGCUCGACCUGUACAGGUUUCUGUCUACCAUAUGCUUCAUAAAUUAAUGCCUGAAUUGCCUAGAUUUGAUGACGAAGAUCUCAAGUCCUAUGGUGACGAAGAGGAGGAAUUGGCAUUAUCACCUCCAGCAGCUCUGAUGUCUAUCCUGGCCACUCAAGAGCUCUUGCUAGAAAACAUCCUGGAAUGCAUUCCAGUUGGAGAAUUUGCAGUUAUUCAACCCUUGAGUGAUGAGUUCUGCCUUGUUCUAGGAUAUCUUCUCACUUGGAAAUUAACAUUAGCUUUCUUUAAAGCAGCUUCUUCUCAGCUGCGAGUUCUCUACUCACAAUACCUUAGAAGAACUAAAAGCUUGAAUAAACUGCUUUAUCACUUGUUCAGGCUUAUGCCUGAAAACCCUGUCUUUUCUGGGCCAGCUUCAGAAGUUCCAAAUAAGGACACAAAAACCUUCUUUACUGAAGAGCUUCGUUUAGAUGUCAAAGGGACAGGGGUGCUGUCAUCCCAGAUCCCACACUUGGCCUGCUCUGUGUACCAUAUAACACUGAAAGAUCUGCCAGCCAUGGUGAGGCUGUGGUGGAAUAGCUGUGAGAAGCGUGUCUUCAAUGUUGUGGAUAAAUUCACAAGCAAAUAUGUCAGCAGUGUGCUCUCCUCUCAGGAAAUAUCUUCUGUUCAGACUAGCACACAGUUAUUUAAUGGCAUGACAGUGAAAGCUCGGUCUGCAGCACGAGAAGUCAUUGCAACGUAUUCUGUUGAUGAUAUCUUUAUUGAACUAAUAAUCCAGCUUCCAUCAAAUUAUCCACUGGGAUCCAUAACAGUUGAGAGUGGAAAGAGGGUUGGUGUGGCUGUACAGCAGUGGCGCAAUUGGAUGCUGCAGUUAAGCACAUAUCUUACACAUCAGAAUGGAAGUAUUAUGGAAGGCUUGUCUUUGUGGAAAAAUAAUGUGGAUAAACGUUUUGAAGGCGUUGAAGAUUGCAUGAUCUGUUUCUCAGUCAUUCAUGGUUCAAACUAUUCUCUUCCCAAAAAAGCUUGCAGAACAUGCAAGAAGAAGUUUCAUUCGGCUUGCUUGUACAAAUGGUUCUCAUCCAGCAACAAAUCCACAUGUCCACUCUGUCGAGAGACAUUCUUGUGAAAAAGAAUACUCUUUUCUUCUUUCUUUGAGCUGAAUAACAAAUAAAGAGCAGGCAAUAAAUUGUAUGUUGAAAGAAGUUAACUUUUGGGAAUAAUGUCAGUUACAUUAAAUUCUUCACUAGUGGAAUAUAACACAUAUUUACCUCUGGACUGACUUUUUGUAAAUUUGAAGAUUCUUCUUUGAUAUAAAGAAAUAUAUAACAGUAAUUUAUUUUAAUUGGUAUAUUUUUAAGAUAUAUUAAAAAUUUCAGAAAUAAUGCAGAGUUAUGUCUGAUAAGUGGUGUUUAAGCCACAGCAUAGUUGAUUAAAACCUCUUAUUUUAGGCAUAAUCUAACAUGGUAUUAUGUAAUUAAGCCUGGUGAUGCCUCUUAAUGUAACAGCUGAAUAUAACAUAGGUGGUAUAAAGAUUUGAUUUUUGAUUAAAAUGCAUUCAUAAUAAGUCCCUUUUAUGGAAAAAAGAAUGUUGUUGCUGUUGGACACUAAGGCAUAAAACUGUGGUGAUAAUCUCUUAAAACAUAAAACUUAAACAUAGUAUCUUCUAAUAAACUGAACUUCCACCUUUCAAAGUUUAUUUUUCCCAAAACUCCUCAACCAUCCAGUAGCCUAAAAUCAUGAAAACCCAGAAGCCCAGCUAAGUAGAGAGACCACAAUCAUUCCUGCAUGACAAUGAAUGACACCAUCUAUUUAUUGCUGAUUGGCUUUUUAAAGAGAAGGCAGACACACUGAUCAGUCCUUGUUUGUCUUCAUGAGCUGGAAAAUUAGUUGUCACUGAAUGUCUACUGUACUUCCACUGUCCUAGAAUAAUAAGAACUCUUAAGUGAACAUGCAGAUGUAUCAGAAUUUAAUAGCCUUCAACUAUACAUGUUUUUUCAUGCCUUUUUUUUUAAACAGUGGUAGCAUACUAGUAUAUUCCAACUUGGAUUUGUGGUGGGUUUCUUUGAAAAGUCAAUAAAAGUG